AUGGCAACUCCUCAGUCCACCACUUCGGACGAUCUCUCCGGCCCCAAGAAGCUCGAGCAAAUCACGUUCCGCUUCUGCUCCGAAUGCUCCAACAUGCUCUACCCCAAGGAAGAUGAAGACGCGCACAAGCUGCAGUUCACCUGCCGCACCUGCCAGUACACCGAGGACGCCCAGUCGACGUGCGUCUUCCGCAACGUGCUCAACAACUCGUCCGGCGAGACGGCCGGUGUCACUCAGGACGUCGGCUCUGAUCCCACGCUCCCACGAUCCAACAAGGCGUGCCCGAGAUGCAGUCAUCAAGAAGCCGUCUUCUUUCAGUCACAAGAACGCAGUGCUGAUACUGGCAUGAAAUUGUUUUACGUUUGUUGCGAGUGUGGUCACAUUUUCGAUUAA